AUGGGCUGUGGACCGCUUCUGACCGAGGUUGAAGUGGGCAUGGUUUUGGCGCUCCGAGACCAUGGUUUCACACACCGUGCCAUUGCAGAGCACGUCGAAACGUCCACCAAGGCCAUACGGACGGUAAUCAACCAGCGUGAGGCCUAUGGAAGCAACUUCAAGGGCCAAAAACCGGCGAAACUGAUUGGGCGGGAACUUCGGCUCCUCAUUCGAGAGGCAUCCCAGACCGGGUUGUCGGCAAGAAGCGGGUUGUCGGCAAGAAGCCUCGCGACUAAUCAUCUGGCGUGGGCCAAAUUUUGA